ACAAUUUGUAUGGCCGAGUGAAAGGUGGGAGAAUUUAUGGAUUCUUAAGGUGAGAUACAUCUAAUGUUGAGGCUCAUGUAUAUUUAGGCCAAAUGAAUUAACUAUAAAUUAGAAGUUCGAAAAGAUUAUGAUCUAAUACUCAUCAGAUUUUAAAAGGAAUCAUUUAAAAAUAGGAUAACUUAAUUACUGGUGUAGUACCAACCAUGAAGCUAAGCAUCAGUCUGUGUAAACAACAUUUGGGUCGGAUGUUCAAGUCUAAAUGGAGAGUUCAAAGUCAAAGACAAGUGAUUGAUGUUGGAAUACCCUCAUUGGUGCAAGAGCAGAAUGUUCCAAUUUUGAAUGCUUUAGAUGUAGUUAAAGAAAUUAAAUCAGAAGUUAUAGACAUAAAUAGUCUUCCUGAACCUCUUUGUGAACCACCACGUUUAAGAAAAAAUGAAAAUCACCCUGACUGGAAGGAAAACUGUGUGUUAUUAAUUAAUCGAAAUACAAGAUUAAUUGAGGGAGAAAAACACAUCUUGCAUCUUACAAAAACAAUAUCAUACAGUGGUUUGCCACUGAAUGUUAAGAACUUGCUACCUAUUGCUCUAGAAAUGACUGACAAUGACCUUGUGCAGCGAUCAAUAAUGGAAGCAUUAGUUUGGGAUGCAACACAAGUUAAACUUCCAAAAAGGAUCAACAAAGAAAAUCCAGGCUUGGACUUUCCCCGAGAAUAUGGAAUACCACACACAAGAAAAGUAACACAUCUGUUAUAUAACCUCGUGUACUUGUGCCAGCUGUUUUAUGCCAAGAAGAAUGGGUUGUGGACACGAACAAAGAUUACAGAUGCUUUCAGCAAAGUCUUUUUAGAGAAAGAAGGUAAAGUGUUGUUAUUUCGAAUGCCAAGUGAUGUGCUGACUUCAACAUCUAGACCACUGUCUCCUUUUGCUACAAAAGAACAGGUAGAAAGCACCAAAGACCAGGCUGUUCCUGAUAUCUUCCCACUGCAUUUUUCACUUGAUCUCCAAGAACAUCAUAUUUAUACAUCUGAAGAGAUAUACCCUCUGGCCCCAUCAUGUCUAAACUGCCAUUUUCAUACUCUUCAUAUCACACACAAUAUGGUUAGAUAUUGGCAUCAGCCUCAGAAAUUAGCAAGAGCUGUUGCUGUUUGUUUCACAUUUGCUGCUGCACAGGCAAGACAAAAGUUUGGGCCCACAGUAAAGGAGCUGACAAGCCCAGUGUGUGUACAGUGUGCAUACUUAGAUGGACCAGUAUGGGGAUUUUUAGGGUACCAACUUAAUACUCUCAACAUUAAUAGCCCUGAAGGCAUUAAGAACCAAGUAUGGAUUGAUGGACCUUACAACCUGUAUGAAAGCUGUGACCAGGCUAGUGGAAUUCAAGGUUAUAACAGUGAAACAUUUUCCAAAUUUUUGUCUCUUCAUCUCAAUGAAACCUAGAGAAGUAUAGAUUGUUACUUAUAAUCUAGUUAUGUGUAAGUCAUCAUUAACAGUAUCUAAAUAUUAACAAAUAAAGACGUUAUUAUGAUCAGC